GACGGAUUUCUCUUCGAACGAGAUAACCUCGCAAAGGACGAAUUUUGCCGCAGCUUUCUGGUUGCAUAUCCUCAAGUAAGAUGUCAUUGAUUGAAGGAGUAGGCGAUGAAGUCACAAAUUUCUUCAUUGUCAUGACCAUACUAUUGGUAGGAUGGCUUGCUUGGUGUUCAACAAGUAUUGCGGAUCAGCCACUGAUACGUACAGUACUUAUCUUGCGGGAUCGAGCUCCUGCACGUAUUGCUUCAAUAAGAGCUAAUCAACGGGACACAAGUAACCUUAGUGUCCAAGAUGUUGCUCAGUCUCACAGUUCAGAAACAGCGGAAGAAGAAACAUUAGAAGCAACUUCGAAUAGUAGCGAUAGUAUACAUGUAAACUGUCCAAAUGCUGCUGUCGUAGAUACAACUGAAUUGUCUCAAGAUGUCUCGAGAUCAACAGAAUCUACAGCAGAAGAAGUACUUAUUGAAGCCAUGGAUUCGUUCAGCAAUGCUGAUCGAUCGCUGUUACAAAGAACAGUCAAGGCAAAUAAUUCUGACUCGGCAUUAGACCAAACUACUAGUAGUUCAUCAGAAUGUAUAUCAGAAGGGUCAACCUUAGGUGAUAGCAGCCAAAAUGAUAUCACCAUAAAAUUGAAAUUUAUGAAUGACGAUCAGAAAAUAGUCACAGGGAGUCUUAAAGAAAUGCUGGGUGAUUUUAAAAGGAGGCACUUUCAAAUAGAAUUGGAAGCACGUAAUGCGGUACGAUUAGUAUUCAAUGGCCGCGUAUUGCAACCUGACACUCAGACCCUCGAGCAGUGCGGCUUGUUCAACGAUUGCGUCGUACACUGUUGGGUGCAUCAACCGCGACCAGCUACCGUACCGUCUGCCACGAUGGAUAACUCGUCGUCCAUUUAUUUCAAUUCCCAGCCGUUCUCGGAUCUGCCCACCGAUGCAAGGAUAAGUUCGAUACACGACUGGGACUUGAGUUGGCUCCUUGUAAGCCUUCUGACGAUCAUUCUAGGUCUCGCGUGGUAUUCGCGGUAUCAUUACGCUCAACUUUUCACUGCGACAACCACGAUCGCGCUCUACGCACUCACCGCGAUCUUCACGGUAUCUCUGUUUAGUAAUUUCUUUUCUGAUCAAGAUAAUAUUCGGAACGUGGAAUGAUAUGACGAUGAUGACGACGACUACUAUGAUCCCUUCUAUGAUUACUUCUAUUUUAAUUAAGAAAGCACCUUAAAUACAAAUCGGUAUAAUAUACAUUGUAAAGGGUGGUGCGUACUACGUAUACUACUGAUUCAAUGGAAUCAGUCCAACGGUAAUCUCUAUCAUCGAGCAUUUGCUUUUAACGUAAUAGACUCGAGAUCAGGUUUAUCGUUAAUGAUA